AGCCUACUCUAUAUUUUCACAACGCAGACAUCUUACGUCGGUUGAAAGCGAGGCAAUCAACAGGAGAAAAACGUCUUUUUUUCAGGAUUUCGACGACACAAUAAAGCUAUAAUUCAGUUGGUAAUACAGAAAAUAGGUUGUAAUUUAGGAAGAUGGCUCCGAAUAAUGUGUUGCCGAUAUGGGGCAACGAGAAGACGAUGAAUCUUAACCCGCUUAUACUAACCAAUAUACAGUCAUCUCCAUACUUCAAACAGAACCUGUAUGAACUCAAAACAUAUCAUGAAGUUAUUGAUGAAAUAUAUUAUAAGGUUACGCAUUUAGAGCCGUGGGAAAAAGGAAGUAGGAAAACUGCUGGCCAGACAGGAAUGUGCGGUGGGGUACGAGGUGUAGGUGCUGGUGGUAUAGUGUCAAGCGCAUACUGUCUCCUCUACAAAUUGUUCACACUACGAUUGACAAGAAAACAAGUGAAGGGCCUCAUUGACCAUUCAGAUUCACCAUAUAUACGUGGGCUAGGAUUCAUGUACAUCAGAUAUACACAGGAUCCGAAGGAUUUAUGGGACUGGUUUGAACCCUAUCUUGAUGAUGAAGAGGAGGUAGAUGUAAAAGCUGGUGGAGGUCAUGUGAUAAUGAUUGGCGAAAUGGUGCGGCAAUGGUUGGUCAAGCUGGAAUGGUAUUCCACUCUGUUUCCCAGAAUUCCCGUUCCCGUACAGAAGGAUUUGGAUGUGAAAUUGAAGGCACGUAUGGCGGAGAAGCUGCAGCAACAGAGGGAAGAAGCUCCAAGACAUAUAGCAGAUGAUGAGGUGAACUUUGGCGAAGCUGAAAAGUAUGCAUCUCAUAGUUCAUCGAGAAAAAGGUCACCAACACCCCCACAUAGAUCUCGUGCUCGUUCACCACCACCUAGAAGAUCUCCACCUCGAAGAUCUCCUCGUAGGUCACCUGUAAGGCACAGGUCACCACCCAGAAGAAGAUCUCCUUACAGACACAGAUAUUCACCUCCCAGACACAGAAGAUCAAGGUCAAGGUCACCAAAAAGGUCAAGACCAGAGGGAAGGGGACAGUCUCCUAUAGAUUAUGCCAGGGAAUUGCAGAAAGAGAAGGAAAGACAGAACAGAGAGAAUGAGAGGAGUCGGCGGUCGAGAUCAAGGUCGCGAGAUAGGAAGAAGAGGUCAAGGUCACGAGAGAGAUCGAGUAAGCAGAGGUCAAGGUCACAGGAUAGGGUAGAGAGGAGAAGGUCGAGAUCACGUGAUAAGGUGUCAAGUAAGCACAGGUCAAGGUCACGAUCUAGAGACAGAAAAAAGCACAAAAGGCGGUCUAGGAGUCUGGAUAGAAAUGGACAUUAAUUGGAUGUAAAGUGACACUGUUAUAUUUUGUGCAUAUUUGUUCAUAUUUUCAGUGGGUGCAUCAUCAAUUCAUCAUAUUGUGAAAAGUUUGUAUAGACUAUGAGUCAGAGGCAGUAGCAGGUUUUUACAAAAAAAGUGUGUAAAAUCUGUGCAGCUGUUUGAUAUGUCACUGUUACUCCUUUUGUUUUAAAGGGGCAUGGCUAAAGUUUUAUAUAUUCAUUUUUUUUUUCCAAAUUUAUACGGUACUUUCAAUAAUGAAGUAAUAUUUAAGAAAACAGAUAGCAAUUCAGUAACAUCUAGUUCCAGUAUCUUGAAAGUGAGAUUUAAGGAAUCACCUGUUAAAUAUGUUGAAUAAAUGCUAUCUAUCAGGUCUUUAAAAAAAACUACCAAGAGUAGGAGAAAUUGAACUUAUGAUGUAUUUGUAGUAACUAAAUUUCUGUUUGAACGAUAUCUAAUGUUGAUUUUUGAUAUUAGUGUCUGUUUUAAAAAUUUAAAACUUGUUAUGUUCAGCUAGAUGUAUGCCCUUUAAGAAAAAGGUCUGCCCCUUUUAGAGAAAAGAAGUCUUCAGUAGAAAUGUACAUUGUUCAACUUGCAUUUAACCCUUACCAUGCUGGACAUGAUUGAUUCUGCCUUUGCGACCAGUGUGAAUCAUGAUCAGCCUACACAUAUAUGCAGUCUGCACUGUUCACUAUUCAGUCAGUAUCUUUUUGGUACGAACCCCUUUUAACAGAUAAUGGUACUGUCCAGAUUGAAAGACGGACAAGUUCACUAUAGAAAUUUAGCAGGCUAAGGGUUAAGCCAAAAGGACCAUUAUGAGACCAUCAUCAGAAUGAGUAAGAUUGUACUUUUUUUAUUUCAUACCAAUGUGAAAAUUAUUUUUGUGUAAAAGCAAAAAAAUUUGAUGCAUAGAAGGUAGUGUAUUAGUUAGUCUCAUUGAAGUUUAUAAACAGUUGGUUAGAAAGAAUGUAAAUCAGCUGAGGUUGAAAGUUUCACUAGUAGGAUGAACUAUAUUAGCAGAAAAUUAAAAGAAUAUACUGCGAAAUUGUAACUAUUUGUGGUGGACAUCUUUUCAUAAAUUUCAAAGUAGCAUCAGUAUAUGUAAUUUGAUCUAAACCAACAAAACAUUUGCCCAGUUUAUUGUAUCAUAAAGAAUAAAGAUUAAUGGAUUCCUGUUCCCAAGGAAGGGCACUGUGGCUGAAAGUACAAAAUCAAAUGCCUAUAAAAUUAAAUAAUUUCACAGUAUGGCAGAGAAAGAAAAUAAACAAACCUGAUAUUUCACAAAGUACCUACAUGUAGUUACAGGGACCUUUAUUUCAGCCAUUGCUUCGUAAAUUUGUAUAAUUUUGGUAUCUUAUUAAAUGAUUGAAAUACAUAAAAGGGAGGUAAUAAAUAUGUAAAUUUAUCAUGCCAUCUGAAUGAUAUAUAUCUUAUCUACAAGGAGUAUCAAGGAGAAUAUUGUAUAGAUGCCAUGAUUACACAAGUUCCUUUAUAACAAAGAUACAGGGUAAAGGUCUCCUUUUCAAAAAAAAGUCAAGUAUGUGCAAAGUGCAUUUCAUUAUAAAUACUUUUUUAAAGCCACAGCACAAUUGUAAGUGAAAUAGAUUGCAGAGCAUUAGUUGUCAAUGUUUUAAGUCUGAAAUUUAGACCAGAAUCUGAAGAAAGUUAAGUUGCCAAAGUUUUAACGCUGAAAAUUUGUACACAUAAAUUAAGAAAUCACCUUUAAGUAACUUUUAAUGAAAACCCGGCAUCGGUUGAUGAAAAUAGAACUUGGAGAAAAUUACAAUUUAAAAGUUUUAAUUUCAGACUUAAAACGUGUGUUAAAUACAGGCCCAGAUAUUUUCAUUUUAGUUUAAUUUCUUUAGAGAACAUGAACUGUGAAGAUGUAAGAUGAUCUGUUUUCAUUUGAACUGUAUUUAAAUUAAUCUUUUUGUCAAAAAAUACAUUUAUUCUUUAUUUAAAAAAUCAUCAGUGUUUUUUUCUGAAAGAAAAAUGAUGUACCAUUUUCUCUUUAUUUUGACUGAAUGAUACAGUAUUUCACUUCAACACAAACUACCCCACUCCUCUGGCAGGUUACGAGUAUAGAUUUUAAUUGAAUAUUUCUGCUGUACUGUGUAUGGUACUAGUUGUGUAUUUACACACUUCUGUUUGUGUUUGUUUCAAUUUCAUUGGAAGGGUAAUUAUCCUCUGUUUCUUUUUCUUAAUAUAUUUGAGCUGCGCCAUGAGAAAACCAACUUAGUGGCUUUGCGACCAGUAUGGAUCCAGACCAGCCUGCGCAUUUGUGCAAUCCAGACAGGAUCCAUGCUCUUUGCUUUGAAAGCCUACUGCAAUUAGAGAAACCGUUAGCAAACAGCAUGGAUCCUGAUAAGACUGUGCAGAGUCUGGAUCCAUGCUGGUCGCAAAGCCACUAUGUUGGUUUUCUCGUGGCGCUGCUCAUUUGUCAUUUUCUAUUGUUGUAUUUCUCACUUUGAAGUUUUUGUAAAAUACCUUAUUCUGUUGAGUACAGAAAGUUUUUUUUCAACUUAAUUACUUCCUUAGUUUGUUGUUCAAUUAAAGAUUUAAUCACAGAGUCGGUAAAUAAACUGCUUAAAUUGUGUCAAGGAUUAAGAGCAUUGCCAAACACUUAAGACUGAACAAUGUAUUUCCGGUUUCAACAGAAAUACUUCUAAUACAUUUUAUUUGUGUAUAUAAAAAUUUUCAUUUUUGUCGUUUGUUAUUCAUAUGUUCUAAAUGAUAGUUACAAUUUUGUCUUUGAAUAGAUAUGAUAACAGUUUCACAAUUCCUUAGUGGAGAAAUUAAGGUUUCCCUUACCUGCAUGAUGGGAGAGUUAAGGACGUAUGCUAGAAUUUGGUGCGAAAAUUUUCCCAAUAACAGAAUUUCUUCAAACUUUGGAUAUUGAAGGACAAUCAUCUAAGAAACAAAAAAAUGCAAUAAAAAUCAUAGGUCACCGGUAUCAAAAAAUGACGUUUUCAAGGGCAGAUAACUCUUUUUCGAAUCCGGUGACCUAUGAUUUUUAUUGCAUUUUUUUGUUUCUUAGAUGAUUGUCCUUCAAUAUCCAAAGUUUAAAGAAAUUCUGUUAUUGGGAAAAUUUUCGCCCAUCUCAUAUACAGGGAAUUCUAGCAUACGCCUUUAAUACACAAUUCUCUUAAAUUUGUAAGUUUUUUGGUAGAUUUCUGUCUGAAUAUUGGAUAUUAAUAUCAAUAGUCUUAAUUUCCCUUACAGAGAUGUUCAGGUGAAAUGAUAGUGACUAAAUUGAGGUAGUGAGCCCUUGGUGACAAGCAGCAGUCUCUAUGUGAUUCUACAUACAUGUUCUUGUAUGCUUGUUAAGCAUUCUCUGGCUGCCUUAAUUUAGCUCACCUAAGGACAUGGUUUGCAAUUUCGGACAGGAAAUCUGAACCACAUGCCCAGAAUAUGUAAUUGACCAUAUUCUUGCCAAUUGACAGUACGGUAUUGGUCCACUACAUUUAAAAUAGUUUGGAUGGAUGUAAAAUAAAUGUUACUUUUCAAAUUCUAUUGUCAGUCAUGUUAAAGUCCUACUUAGAUGCCAUACAUUUGAAAUUUUUAAAGUUUUUGUGAACUUGCCACAUUUAAACAGUUUACUACACAAAAAUGAAUAGAAAGAAAAUCACCACAUCUUUAUGUAAAUUGCUCCUUUUUUACCACAGUCUUUAUCAGAAAAUACAAUUUUAGACUGGGCCAUUUACCGUGUAUUUUUGUGCGCUCAAAUAUUUUUACACAGUGUAUUUUACUCUUCGUUCCAUAAUUAUUUCUGUAUGAUAAAGCUAAUCCAAUUGAUAUCCAUUCUGUUAUUUUUUUUAAAAACAUUGCACAUAAUGAUGCACUCUAUUUUAAAUUCCUGUACAUCAGUAAUGUGAAAUUUUAGUUGUUGUUACAGAUUGUUGAUAAAGAAAUCAGGAACAGUAACUGUUGUUUUAUGGUAAAAGAAAUCGUAGAAAUUAAAUUUUGUAUUUUAUAA